AUGGCACCCAACACAACAUUCACGGUCCCGGAAAAUGAGUCAAUGACCUCCUUAUUUAUCCAACAAUAUAGGACUCAGGACAUAGUCUAUUAUCGCAAGAACCUCAGCGCAGUCGUGGAAAUAUGCAAGCAGGUCCUUUCCAACCAUGGAAUACCCCAUGCCACAGAGUCCCGGCUCAAGGAGGCGGCCAGUCUUGAAAACAAACUUGCGAAAUUCGAACGCGAGCGUGGAUUUCCUUACCAAACCAUGGAAGAUAUCAGCAAUGAUAUUGUUGAUCUUGCUGGAAUGUGCAUCUUGGUGCAUAUCCCGUCAAACCGAAUAAAAGCCAGCGAGCUUUUGCACGACGCCUUCGUGGUCAAAAAGGUGGUGAAUCACCCAAAAAAUGAUGAACCCAAGGAAACCUCUCAGAGCUCUCAAGGCUAUGUCUCGACACAUACACAUGUCUUGCUGAAAACGGAGGACCUCCAUGACCGAGGGUUACAAUCCACCGAUGCGAAACUGGUCGAAAUCCAAGUCAUAAGCACAGAACUGCGUGGAUGGACAAACUUAGAACAUGACUCGGUGUACAAGCCCAGGGGAAAACUCACUCUUGCCAUACGCCACAAACUGGAAACAAUGCGGAGGAUUGUGGACGUGAAUGAGAACAUCCACCAGCAAAUAGAAGAAGAGCAAGCACACAGAGCAGCAAAGGAGAACCGAUCUCUUCGAUCUGUCGAUGAUGUCGGCUUUAUUCUUCAAAAAUGGCUUGAGGAGCAUCACUCGGCAUGGUUUCAAGGUCGAACAGCCGGGUCGUGCACAUCGCUUUUCAAUUUCCUGAAAUCUCGCAAGAUGGACACUCGCGGGGAGCUGCGAAGGCUGCUUGGAGCGAAUCUUGGAUCUGAUUCAGAAGCUAUGUACUCGAGGCUUGCGAGUGAAUAUCCAGCUGGCAGGUUGACUCUUGUUAUUUUCAUCAUGGAUCGUCUGUUAUUGACGGAUGAUGGAAGUGACGUGGCGGGUUUUGUUACCGGUGACGACCAUCAAAUCCAUCUUUACAAACUCCAGGCAAUGAUGAGCACGUUUGUUUGGCUGGAUAGGCUUUUUACCCCUCCUCUUGAGUGGCAGCUAGUCUUCGCAGCUCAGAACCAGGAAUCUCUUCGAUACGGUCUCGCCUUGCUUAACAGCGUUCGAAUGAAUCUUUUCUUGGAUGGGAAUCUGCCCGGGGACGACGAGAUCGCUAUUAUUGAUCACCUUUGGGACUGGUUUGAGCGUCAAGAUGACCGGAAGAUCAGAUUGGCUUUUGCCAUUUCCAAGAAUGGGUUGUUUAGAGACAGGAAGGAUGCGCGGGAGGUAAUUCCGCAGUUGAUUCAUGGGAUGGGAUCUUUGAAUUGA